AUGACUAAUUAUUGUCGUUGUCAUUUCCAUUCGUUCUCAUUAUCAUUAUCAUCAUCGUUAUCCGAAUUAGUUGGCAUUUUGCCGAAAGUUUCUGGUUCCUUACGCCCUAAACUGGAUCCGCGACAGUUGACGGACAUUGACGGCAACCCACGGGAGCUUGAACCUGGUGAGAAGCCCCUGGAGUUGUCCACUAGUUGCAAGGAUUUCGUUGAGGUGAACAAAGCCUGCGACAGCGAGAUUGAGCAGUUCUGCCAAGGAAUGUACUAUCAUGGCGAUACCAUGACUUGCUUAACGCAGUGGACCAGCCAGAGCGAUUUGAGCAGUGGCUGCGUGGCCGCGCUGCCGAAAAAGGGCUCUGGCGACGAUGAUGAGGUUGAUGCCGAGAAGGCAGCCUGGAGGGCAAAGAAGAAGGCAGCAAGGCAAGCUGCCAUGGAUGCCAUCGAGAAGGAGCUGGGAGUGCACGAGAUCAUACUUAGUAACCUCUCCCCCUUCCCCCUUCCUGGCACCUGCCUUCAGACGAUGGUUCAAAGGCUUGAGUCGAUAGAGUCGUCUGAGGAGACCCUUGGGGAUGGUGGCCUCCUUGUGCCGAGUCUGUGCUUUAUGUCCGACCCUUUUGCGAACUCUAGUCAGAUCGCAAAGGGCCCAAGAUAG